UCGUCCAGAGACGGGUGAAGGCGGCAAAAUGGCGGACCGCUUCUCCCGCUUCAACGAGGACCGAGACUUUCAGGGUAAUCACUUUGAUCAGUAUGAAGAAGGACACUUGGAAAUUGAACAAGCGUCGCUUGAUAAACCUAUAGAAUCGCCCAGUUUUUAAAGCCAGGAUAAUAUUGGACAUCGCUUACUCCAGAAACAUGGGUGGAAGCUGGGCCAGGGAUUGGGAAAAUCUCUUCAGGGGAGAACAGAUCCCAUUCCAAUCGUCGUCAAGUAUGAUGUCAUGGGCAUGGGUCGCAUGGAAAUGGAGCUUGAUUAUGCUGAAGAUGCUACCGAACGGCGCCGUGUCCUAGAGGUAGAAAAAGAAGAUACAGAAGAACUGAGACAAAAGUACAAGGAUUAUGUUGACAAAGAGAAGGCAAUUGCAAAAGCGUUAGAAGACCUCAGAGCCAACUUCUACUGUGAACUCUGUGAUAAGCAGUAUCAGAAACAUCAGGAAUUUGACAACCAUAUCAACUCCUAUGAUCAUGCUCACAAGCAGAGGUUGAAAGAUCUGAAGCAAAGAGAGUUUGCUCGAAAUGUCUCCUCAAGAUCCCGAAAGGAUGAGAAGAAACAGGAAAAGGCCCUACGACGGCUCCAUGAAUUGGCAGAGCAAAGGAAACAAGCUGAAUGUGCACCUGGAAGUGGUCCCAUGUUCCGUCCAACCACGGUGGCUGUAGAUGAAGAAGGUGGAGAUGAUGAAAAGGAUGAAUCAGCUGCAAAUAGUGGCACAAGUGCCGCUACCAGUAGUGGCCCGACAUCUGAACUCUCCUUAGAUAAAGGAGGCCCUUUCACUGCAGUGCAAAAUACUAACACCACUGGACUGACACAGGCUCCUGGCCUAGCAUCUCAAGGCAUCAGCUUUGGCAUUAAAAAUAAUCUAGGGACCCCAUCACAAAAGCUGGGAGUGUCAUUUUCCUUUGCCAAGAAGGCUCCUGUCAAACUUGAAUCAAUAGCAUCUGUUUUUAAAGACCACGCUGAAGAAGGAACAUCUGAAGAUGGGACAAAACCUGAUGAGAAAGGUUCUGAUCAAGGAUUACAGAAGGUGGGAGACUCCGAUAGUAGUGGUAAUCUUGAUGGCAAAAAAGAAGACGAAGACCCCCAAGAUGGAGGGUCGCUUGCAUCGACAUUAUCUAAGUUAAAAAGAAUGAAGCGAGAAGAAGGAUCUGGGGCUACAGAACCUGAAUAUUACCACUAUAUCCCCCCAGCGCACUGCAAAGUAAAACCUAAUUUUCCCUUCCUACUAUUUAUGAGAGCCAGUGAACAGAUGGAAUGUGAUAAUAGUGCACACCCAAAGAAUGCUUCAGAGAGCAAAAAAAGUCAUUCUCCCAAACCUAAAGGCAGUACCAAGGUUGCAGCAAGUCAAGCGUCAGAAAAGACAGUCGGUGAUGUCUCUGAGCAGCAGAAAGAAAGCAGUGAGGCCCAGUCCCCAGAGCCUGCAAGCAGAGCUGAGACAAAGAAACCCUCAGGAGGAGAUGGAAGUGAGCAGAGCUUAGAGAGCCAGAAGGGAUCAGAGACCCAAAUGUGUGAGUCUAAUGCUGCUAAGGAAGCCUCUCAGGCCACCCCAGCAGGGAAAGAAAGCCAGGAAGGACCUAAACACGCUACAGGUCCCUUCUUCCCAGUUUUGAGCAAAGAUGAAAGUACUGCCCUCCAGUGGCCAUCAGAACUAUUAAUUUUCACUAAGGCAGAACCUUCAAUUUCAUACAGUUGUAACCCUUUAUACUUUGACUUUAAACUUUCAAGAAACAAGGAUGCCAGAGGUAAAGGGCCAGAAAAGCCAAAGGAUACUAGUGGCACCUCGAAGGACCAUCUCCAAGACUUUGAUCCUGCAGAGCCAGAUAAAAGCAAGGAAGAUGACAAUGACAAUGUAGUCCAUUCCUCAGCCGGCAGAAUAGAUGCACCUGCUUCAGGAUCUGCCUGCAGCAACCUAAAUAAACAGGAGCCUGGAGGUGGCCAUGGCUCAGAGACAGAAGACACAGGAAGAAGCUUUCCCAGCAAGAAAGAACGAUCUGGAAAAUCUCACCGACACAAAAAGAAAAAGCACAAAAAAUCUAGUAAACAUAAGCGGAAACACAGAAUUGACCCAGAAGAGAAAAGUUCUAAAGCAGAAUCUGGAGAGAAGUCAAAGAAGCGCAAGAAACGAAAGCGAAAGAAGAAUAAGUCAGCUCCAGCAGAUUCCGAACGGGGCCCCAAACCUGAACCCCCUGGGAGUGGCAGCCCAGCACCACCAAGAAGACGUCGUCGUGCUCAAGAUGAUUCCCAAAGGAGAUGCCUCCCCGCUGAAGAGGGGAGCAGCGGCAAGAAAGAUGACAGUGGAGGUGGCGGCAACUCCCAGGAUCAUGGUGGGAGGAAACACAAAGGGGAACCUCCAGCUUCAUCCUGCCAGCGUAGAGCUGGCACCAAGCGGGGCAGCCGAUCCAGCCAUAGAAGCAGACCAAGUAGUGGAGAAGAGGACAGUGAUGAUGCCUCAUCACACCGGCAGCACCAGAAGUCUCCGUCCCAGUACAGUGAGGAGGAGGAGGAAGACUCAGGCAGUGAGCAUUCCCGGAGCCGCUCGCGGUCUGGCCGGCGCCAUUCCUCACGCCGCUCUUCCCGACGUUCUUACUCGAGUAGCUCAGAUGCUUCUUCUGACCAGAGCUGCUACAGUCGACAGCGCAGUUACUCUGAUGACAGCUACAGUGACUAUAGUGACCGGUCACGAAGGCACUCCAAGCGCUCCCACGACUCCGAUGACUCAGACUAUGCCAGCUCCAAGCACCGGUCCAAACGGCACAAAUACUCAUCUUCUGAUGAUGACUAUAGCCUCAGUUGCAGCCAGUCCCGCAGUCGGUCUCGGAGCCAUUCCAGGGAGCGAUCAAGAUCCCGAGGCUGCAGUCACAGCAGCAGUUGUAGCCGCAGCCGGAGCAAGCGGAGAAGCCGCAGUACUACAGCUCACAGCUGGCAGCGGAGCCGAAGUUACAGCCGAGAUCGCAGUCGCAGCACCAGAAGCCCUUCCCAGAGAUCUGGCUCCAGGAAGGGCUCAUGGGGUCAUGAGAGCCCUGAGGAAAGACGUUCUGGUCGUCGGGACUUUAUUCGCUCUAAGAUUUACCGCUCCCAGUCCCCCCAUUAUUUCCGAUCUGGCCGAGGAGAUGGUCCUGGUAAGAAAGAAGAUGGUAGAGAUGAUGGUAAAGGGACAGGCCCACUCUCUCAGAACAGCAGCAUUAGUGCAGGGAGACGAUCAGAUGGUGACUGCAGCCCUGAAGACAAGAACUCUAUGACUGCCAGACUGCUACUGGAGAAGAUCCAAUCAAAGAAAGUGGAGAGGAAAUCCAGUGUUAGUGAGGAGGUGCUGGCCACUCCUAAUAAAUCUGGACUCAAGCUCAAGGACCCCCCACAAGGUUACUUUGGACCCAAACUCCCUCCCACUCUUGGCAAUAAGCCUGUCCUGCCACUGAUAGGGAAGCUACCAGCUACACGGAAGUCCACCAGUAAGAAAUGUGAAGAAUCGGGCUUGGAAAGAGGGGAAGAACAAGAACAGUCAGAGACAGAAGAGGGACCACCAGGAAGUAGUGAUGCUCCAUUUGGGCAUCAUUUCCCCUCAGAGGAAACAACUGGCCCCUUAUCAGACUCACCCCCAGAAGAGCCAAAAUCUGAAGAUGCUACUGCUGAUCGUACUGUGGCUCCGAUGGGCACCCCAGUGCACUCUGACUGCUACCCUGGGGACCCAGCCACCUCCCAUAGCUACCUCCCUGACCCCAGUGAUGGGGAUGCCCUAGAGUCCCUGGAUAGCAGCAGUCAAGCAGGCACUGUAGAAUCUAGCUUGCUGCCUAUACCACCAGACCUUGAGCACUUCUCUAGUUACGCGCCUCCCAGCGGGGAGCCUAGCAUUGAAUCGGCAGAUGGGGCUGAUGAUGCCUCAUUAGCCCCCUUGGAGAGUCAGCCCAUCACCUUCACUCCUGAAGAGAUGGAGAAGUACAGCAAGCUCCAGCAGGCUGCCCAGCAGCACAUCCAGCAGCAGCUUCUGGCCAAACAAGUAAAGGCGUUUCCAGCCUCAGCUGCCCUGGCCCCAGCUACUCCAGCCUUGCAACCCAUUCACAUUCAGCAGCCAGCCACAGCUUCUGCCACCUCCAUCACAACUGUUCAGCAUGCCAUCCUGCAACAUCACGCCGCCGCCGCGGCAGCUGCCAUUGGCAUUCAUCCUCAUCCUCAUCCCCAGCCACUUGCCCAAGUGCAUCACAUUCCCCAGCCCCAUCUGACUCCCAUUUCCUUGUCCCACCUCACUCAUUCAAUCAUCCCUGGCCACCCAGCUACCUUCCUUGCUAGCCAUCCUAUCCACAUCAUUCCUGCCUCAGCUAUCCAUCCUGGACCCUUCACCUUCCAUCCUGUUCCACAUGCCGCACUCUACCCUACCCUACUUGCCCCACGGCCUGCUGCAGCAGCUGCCACUGCCCUCCACCUUCACCCAUUACUUCACCCCAUCUUCUCAGGUCAGGACCUGCAGCACCCCCCGAGCCAUGGUACAUGAGUUGGGGUUGGAAGCCCAGAUAGGACCAGGGAAGGUAACCUGUGAAUCUUCCCUUGAAGGUGUUGAGCCAUUAAUACCAGCUAGUAGAAGCUGGAGUGGGCAGUGUCUUUUAAAAGCCAAAGAAUGUACUUUUGGCUUAAAAGGGUGG